AUGAACUGCCAUUUUCCGUGGAGCUCCGAGCUAUGGGAAGCCGAGAACCCAAUUUCUUUUAGCAAGAUUGUCACAGCCCAUUCGGCGGAGCGCCCGCUUCCUCUCCUGAGAGAAGUGGCUACGCAAUUGCUCGAAGCACCUGAAGAUGUCAAGCCAAUAACAUGGGGUCUCUCGUUAUCCGCAGAGCAUCUCCUGAUUCUUAUUUAUGCUCUGAACUCCCUUGCGUUUCAGACCAGAGCGGGCCUGUUGAGAUACCCAUCAUUCGAAAGGAUACGACAGGCUGCCGACAGUUGGAAACGCCUCUGGGACUGCUUUAUCGGUCAAUUGGACAAAGAACAAUUCCUCCACCUCGGGUACCCAAAACACGCUGAAGAGCUUUGGUGGCUCUUGACUGCCACGCUGGACAUUACUACCAGCCAUGAUGCCAAUUUUGCGUAUCUUGACAGCACUGCGACUGAUGAAUUGGGGAACUUGAAUGAUUUCAUUCAAUGGUGCUACCGCAAUGCCUCGUAA